AUGACCGUCAAUCGCUCUCUCAUCUCCCUCUUCGAGUCCAAAGUCUCCUCCUCCUCCCCUCGCGACGGCGUUUUCACUUGCGACACCGUCAUCGAUCCCUCUCGCAACCUCUGGUUCCGCCUCUUUGUCCCUUCCUCCACUCCCCACGACCUCUCCAUCCCCCUCCUCAUCUACUUUCACGGCGGCGGAUUCGUCUUCUUUUCCCCUGAUUUCCUCUCCUUCGAUACUCUCUGUCGCAAACUCGCUCGCGAACUCCAAGCCAUCGUUGUAUCUGUCAAUUACCGCCUCUCUCCCGAGCACCGAUAUCCUUCUCAGUACGAAGACGGAUUCGACGCUUUGAAGUUCAUCGACGAUUUGGAUUCUAGUGCGUUUCCGAAGAAAUCUGAUUUCGGCCGCUGUUUUAUCGCUGGAGAUAGUGCCGGCGGAAACAUAGCGCACCAUGUCGUUGUCAGAUCUAGCGAUUAUAACUUCAAGAAGGUGAAGAUCAGAGGUUUAAUUGCGAUUCAACCGUUCUUCGGUGGAGAGGAGCGGACAGAAUCAGAAAUCCGAUUCGGACGAUCGCCGACUUUGAAUUUGGAGCGGGCGGAUUGGUACUGGAAAGCGUUUUUGCCUGAUGGAGCGAACCGAAACCAUGGGGCGGCGCACGUGUUUGGAGAGGACGGCGUAAACAUUUCGGCGGUGAAAUUUCCGGCGACGCUUGUGAUCGUGGGAGGAUCAGAUCAGUUGCGAGAUUGGGAUAGGAAGUAUUACGAGUGGUUGAAGAAGGCCGGAAAAGAAGUGGAGUUGGUGGAAUAUCCGAAGGCGAUUCAUGGAUUUUAUGUCAUCUCUGAACUGCCGGAAACUUGGUUGCUGAUUGAAGAAGCUAAGAAUUUCAUUGAGAAAGUAAGGAGCAGUGUAAAUCAUGAAUGGAAUGGAAUUGAAGAUGAUGAUAGAUCCCAUCAAAUGUGA